GUUAAAGGACCUGAUUCCUCAUUAACAUACACGCGCCAAGUUCGUCAAGUUCAAGCGUGGUGUCAGACUAGCUCGUCUCAGGUUAAGUUUAAUUUGCGUUUAUGUUGUUUAAAACUCAUGAUCCUAGAACGCGUUGGCUUGAAAUGGCCUCUGUGAACGCAGUGCAGCAACAUCUCAACUUCUCCAGCAGUGGUGAGGAGGACAGCAGUGAUAAUAGUUUUGAUGAAUGGACGCUCAGGAGUAUUCCACUUCGUAGCCCUUCCGCAGCCUGUCAGACACCCCGAGUUCAGCGCCACCGUACCCUGAGUGUCACUGUUUCUCCAUCCAUUCCCACUUCUCCCAUACCAUACAGUGCCUGGAAAAAACUCAGGCUAUGUGACUCACCCAGUACACCAAAGAGUUUGCUGUCUAAAGCAACCCUCCCUUGCUCUAGCACCAAGCCAUGCCGCAGUCAAAGAGUACUUCGUUUGUCUACUGCUUUUGACCGUUUACCCUCAGUAAACGUCAACCCUUUUACGCCGGACACUGUGAACAGGAACCGUGAGCGCCACAAGAGGAAGAGCCAAAGGAGUGAUGAGGAUGAUGAUGAUGAUGUACAACGAUUAAAAGAAACUCAGAACUUGUCCGAUGAUGAACAUUUUUAUCUUCCAUCAAAGAGGCCAGCAGUGUCAGCCCGCAUGCUGUCACGUUAUGAGAGCGAGUUUCUAGAGCUGAGCUGCAUCGGCGUGGGCGAAUUUGGUGCCGUGUAUCGAUGUGUAAAGAGGCUGGAUGGCUGUAUGUACGCCAUCAAGCGCUCACGUAGGCCAAUCGCAGGCUCCGCCAAUGAGCAGCUGGCCUUAAAGGAAGUGUAUGCCCAUGCAGUGCUGGGGCAUCAUCCUCAUGUCGUCCGUUACUACUCUGCGUGGGCUGAGGAUGACCACAUGAUUAUACAAAAUGAGUACUGUGAUGGUGGUAGCCUCCAUGAUGCCAUAACUGAAAAGGGAGAGCAGGGGGAGUUCUUCAGUGUGCCAGAGUUAAGAGAUCUGGUCCUCCAAGCAUCCAUGGGACUUAAAUACAUUCACAGCUCCGGCCUUGUGCAUCUUGACAUCAAACCCAGUAACAUUUUCAUCUGCCGUCGACCCAGCUCUAGUGCUGGUGGAGAGGGGGAGAGUGAGGAGGAUGAUUAUGAUGAAAGCCCCUCCUCUGGCGUGGUGUAUAAAAUUGGUGACUUGGGUCAUGUGACAUCUGUCUCAAGCCCUCAGGUGGAGGAAGGGGACAGCCGUUUUCUGGCCUAUGAGGUUUUGCGAGAGGACCUUACUCAUCUUCCUAAAGCAGAUAUUUUUGCACUGGGGCUUACAGUGUUAUUAGCAGCUGGAGCUCCACCACUUCCACAGAAUGGAGAUGAUUGGCACAGCCUUAGGCAGGGACAGCUACCCAGUCUGCCCCAGGAGUUAACACCCCCCUUUAAAGACCUCAUAAAGACUAUGUUAGAUCCUGAUCCUACUUUAAGGCCAUCCGCAUCUGCCUUGUGUCGGCACAAUGUACUGCGCAAGGAGAGGACGGGAAAACUAGCUGCACAGCUUCGCAGAGAGCUUAAUGUGGAAAAGUUCAGAACAGCGGUGCUGGAGAGGGAACUCCAGGAGGCCCGACUGGCUGCUACCUCACCCCAGCAGUCAUCCCAACCAGGGUCUCUUCCAAGAGCUGGGAGGAAGCUUGUGGGCCGAAGUGCUGCUCGAUCUGUGAGCUUUGGUUUCCCUGGAUAUUAGCACUGAAUUUAUUUAGCAAUGGAUUUGUCAUGUACUGUUUAUGCCAACAGUCCUACGUACACUGAAUGCAAUAGAGUCAGACUUUUGAUUACACGGGGUUAUGUGAAGAUGACACAUCAU